UAACGUUGGCUAGUGAAGGAGGGAGGGCACAGUUGGGUUGUAGUUUCAUCAGCCGUUUUCUUACUUACACUGGACAAGGACAAUUUUAACAGGCAGUGUUGAAAUGUCAGAGAGCUCAAGUGACACGGAAUCCUCCUGUGGAUGGACCAUCAUUAGUAAUGAGGGCUCGGAUAUUGAGACUCUGGGGCCUGAGAAUGCACUGGAAAAUGAGGUGGCGAUCUCAGAGAGUGGACCCAUACUGGAGACUGAACUGUUAGACCAGUCAGCCUUUGCCUGUGCUGAGAAAAAAGACGAGCAUGCGGACUCACCCUUGGAUGUCACUCUAAAAGCAGAGUCACUUAGGAAAUUGCACUCCACUUCUGAGGUGGGUGCUGAGGAGGUGGCGGACGAGCAUGUGACGCUGUGCUCCUCCAGUGAUCACUCCGACAUCGUCACCUUGGGAGACUCGUCCAAGGAGGAGCGGGCUGCAGUCGAAGGUGAUGGUGAUGACGACGAUGACGAUGAUGAUGACGAUGAAGAGGUGGCAGCUGGAAGCGAAGACCUUUACAUGGGCACUUCCUCAAGCAGCCAAUACACCUUCAGUGCACCAGAGUCAGGUGGGAAAAUGAACCGGUGGACUUUUACUCAGACUCUGUGGAAGUUUGGCUGUCGUCUGAGAGAGCAGCUGUCCGCUGGACAUUCUUUCUCAGUUUUCCCCCUGGAGCAGCAACCUGUGGUGGGGGAGUCCAGCAGCAGCAGCAGCGAUGAGGAGGUGCAGGCGGAGGCCAGCCCAGCCGUGCGCCGGCGCCGGGUGAGGAGGAGCACCGCCGGCUCGGAGCCAGAGGAGGCGUCACCACAGCCGCGGGAGCAGGCGGAGGCCCAGGGGGAGCCCCAGGGGGAGCCCCACGAGCACCAGGACCCCCAGGACCCCCGGCCUGGAACUCCACCGCCGGGCCACGUCAGCGGCACCCUCAACAAGUGCAUCCUCCUGGCCCUGGUGGUGGCCAUCAGCAUGGGCUUCGGACACUUCUAUGGCACUGUGCAGAUCCAGGAAAGGCAGCGGAUUGUGGAGCGGGGUUGUGUGCUUGAGCCCAGCGGCACCAGAGAGCUCCAUCAGAGUCAGCAGCCUCAAGAAGACAUCAACAAGGGAGUGGUUCAGAGUCUAAGAGAAGACCUAGAAGAAAAGCAUAACAUGGUGAUGUCCAUCACUGGACUUAUGGAUAAGAUAACAAAGGAGAACCAGAAGCUCAGACUCAAACAGGAUGAGUUACAGGCCCAGAAGCUUGAGCUGGUUGAGCAGCUGAAGGCGACUGUGGAGGAGCGCAGCACCGUGGAGCUGGACCAGGAGCAGCUGUCCCGGGAGAACCGUCAGCUGAAGAGCUCGCUGGAGCAGGAGGAGGCCUCCCUGUCGGCCCUGCAGGACGAGCUGCGGAGCCUCCGCGCCCAGAUCCGCCAGCUGGAGGAGCGCGGCGCCGGGGCCGACUCGGUUCUGCAGGAGAACCGGCGUCUGAAGGAGCACCUGGAGGAGGAGCGCCAGCGCCUGCGCGGCAUCUGGGACCAGCGGAACCGGCUGGUGGUGGAGGCCCAGGCGCUGCGCGGCGAGCUGGACCUCGAGCGCCAGGCCACCGACAAGCUGAAGGAGGAGCUGAGCCGCCGCGCCCCCGCCGACGCCGAGGCCGCGGAACUGCAGUCCCGCCUCCUGGAGCUGGAGAAGAAGCUGAGCUUCGAGCAGCAGCGCUCGGACCUGUGGGAGAGGCUCUACGUGGAGACGAAGGAGGAACGAGGGAAGGCCAAGGGGGAUCGGCAGGCCAAAGCCAGGAGGCCCAAGGAAGGCAUCAUUGGCAAGGUGAAGGAGACCUUUGAUGCAGUGAAGAACUCCACCAAAGAAUUUGUGCACCACCACAAAGAACAGAUCAAGAAGGCCAAAGAGGCCGUGAAGGAGAAUCUUCGGAAGUUUUCAGACUCUGUCAAGUCCACCUUUCGUACCUUCAAGGACUCUGCAUCGACCAUGUUCGACAAGAAUCGCCGACCCCAUGAACGGAAGUACCAGGAACGAAAAGAGUCCAAAACCCAACACCAAGAGCCUCUCAGAACGCACAGGGACGACUCAAGCUCAGAGGAAGCAUCGUGGCAGCACAGGCCCAACAAGGCCUUUCAUCGGCACCCUCGAAAAUCCACUCUGGAUUCACCUUCUGAGGCUGAACGCAACACACGCAAAGCUGGAACCAAGAAGGAUACCGGCUUUGGAAGUCCAAAAGGUAUUCCCAAAGGGUGCUCAGGUGUGUUUGACUGUGCAUACCAAGAAUCUAUGAGUCUCUUCAACAAAGCCAUGGACCCUAUCCGGGCAGAUGAGUUUAAACAGCUACUUCAAAGCUAUCUGCAACAGGAGGUGGACCACUUUCACCACUGGAAUGAGCUGGAGGGAUUCAUCAAGAACUUCUUUCAUAAUGGUGUAUUUAUCCAUGACCAGAUGCUUUUCACAGACUUUGUGAGUGGAGUGGAGGACUACCUUGAGGACAUGCACGAGUACCACAUCCAUGAUGACGUGUUUGAAGAUCUGGACGACUACAUCUAUAGGCACUUCUUUGGAGAUACAUAUUCUAAACGUUACGGCCCAAGUCGACCACUUGAAGGUCCUGAUUCUAAGACAAAAGAGAACAGGGAGGCCAGAGAUCGGCGAGAGCAUCAGCGAGCACGUCCCCGGCCACAGAGAGAGAGGAAAUGGAGUAGACAAGCACGCCCGGAUAGACACAUGGCAGAUGUUAAAAUAGAGCUGGGGCCCAUACCAUUUGAUCCCAAAUACUAGGGUUUGAAUUCGAUUUUUAGGAUAUGAAUCUCAAAUGUAUUUCAGAUGGGUAAAACUGUUUGCUUGUUUUUAUUUUGUUUUUUUGUUUUUUUGGGGGGGGGGUGUCCUUGAAACCUAUGAUUCUCUUAAUUGUAGUUUUGCACAAUGUUAACUCCUCAUGCUGGUGGAAUGUUUCCUUGCUCCCUUCAUCCGUGCAGUCAGUGCUAACUAGGCCUCCAUGGCAGUUGUAGUGUCGCCUUGUCUAAUCUCAUGCACAAAAAAGAAGAUAAAGUGACAGUUUGUCCAUAAAUUAUUGUUAGUAGGAAUAAUACAUUCAUCUACAUUUUGAGAAUUAUUGUCAAUUACUGCCUUGGAUUGUAAAUGUUUCAGCUUUAGCCUUGACAAUUUACUGAGUUCUAGAGAGUUUUAUCUUUAAAAGCAUCUACUGCUGGAUUAAGCCACAUUUGCUAUUGUUUCUGAAUGUUUUAAGAGCAACUUUAUGACAGGAAAAUGCACUUUUUAAAAAAAAUGACCUAUAUUUGUUCUAAUUGGCUGUCUAAGAUUGGUCACUUGGCAUAUUUAAAAAGCUGAACAAAUAAUUUCAGUUAGGUGUAAAAACAAUAGGACCAAAAAUCUACUUAUUUUAAUUCUGCACAAAACUUUAAUGUAGCAACCUGAAUCGUGUGGAAGAGGCACUUAUUACCAAAUUUUAUUUUAUUUUUAAUUAAUGUUUACAAAAUUGUCAGAUUUGGAGACAUGGUUCUCCAAUUGAUAAAAUACAAUGAUAGAGAGUAAUGGAUGGGCCAUUUGUGUUUUGUUUCUGCUUUCCCAAGUAAUUGAGUAACAUUCCAAUUGUAGGUUGUUUUCAUGAUGCCUAAUGCCAUUUCUUGGUUUGUGGUUACGCUGUUAACUUGAAAAAUGAGCAAUCUCCAUUAAAUUGUUUGAUGGAAA